GUGAUAGGACAAUGGUAAUCAAUUCAACAAGUACCACUACCUGUCUUGAUGCUAAAUUUAAAAACACUUAACUUAAUCUAUCCUUCAUAACAGCAUUAUCUAAUUUCGUACGUGAUUCUCUAACAUUAAUCCAUAUCCAUAGCACUGAUUACUUCUUUUGUUUAUCAAAGAUGAUAUAUUUUGCUAUUCGAACUACUCCUCAGUUGAAUUUCCUUCGAAAACAUGAAUGGCGUUACGCUAAUAUUUUUCUUAUUUGCACCGGUAUUCGGUAGCAUAGUCGAAGUCGAAGACAUUGAUUGGGAUACAGUGAAACCUAUCCAAUAUUAUCCAAAAUUCUGGGAUGAUAAACCAACAGCAAAUCGUCCAUCAGAACAAUUUUUCGAUCAACAGCGAAAUGGAAUGAAUCGGAUAGUCGGCGGUCAAAUCGCACAACCACAUCAGUUUCCGUACCAAGCUGCUGUCCUUAUGUUUCUACCAUCAAUUGGAGGAACAGCUCUGUGCGGAGGUUCUCUUGUAAGUCAGCAAUCAAUUUUAACUGCCGCCCAUUGUGUCUUUGGAGCUACAUCGGGUACAAUUGUCUUGGGAGCGCAUUUCCUCGCUAAUGCGAACGAGCCGAAUCAACGGCGCAUAACCAUUGCUCCUGAAUCCAUUAUAAUGCAUCCAUCUUUUAAUCCACAAUCAUCACGGGAUGAUAUCGCAUUGGUUCGUUUACCAGCGCCCAUCCAAUUCAUUCCCGGAAUUAUUCAACCCGUUGCCCUGCCGACUGCCGCACAUGGCGGACAAAAUUUUGCUGGAUAUUCAGGGCUUGUUAGUGGAUGGGGAGUAUUUAGCGACAGUCAAGGCGUAGAAUCUGAUGUUUUAAGAUUUGUGUACGACAAUAUUAUGACAAAUGUAGCGUGUUCUCUUUUCUUUCCUGGUCUAAUCCAUAACACAAUGAUUUGUAUGAGUGGAACAAAUGGAAGGGGUGCUUGUUCUGGCGAUAGUGGAGGGCCGAUGACUACUCGGACAGCUGGAGGUCAAACGCUACUCGUUGGAGUUGUCAGUUUCGGAUUCACCCCGAGAUGCGAAUUAUCUGUGCCGUCCAUUUUUACCCGCACUACCAGCUAUAUUAAUUGGCUUCAAGCUAACAUCAUUUGAAACUAA